AUGCUUGUCAAAGCUCUUUUGACUGCCCGCGAUGUACUUUUUGAAGAGCUACAUAAACUUAGCAAGGCAAUCAAUGAAACAGUUGAUUUGUCUGAUUUUACUUCAAACUUUGAUGAGUCAAAAUUGUUUGAUUCUUCACUGAAAGAGCGCUUUGAGACUGCAGAAGUUCCUGGGGAAGUUUCAAGCAAGCCACAAACUCCUUCUGAGAAACCAAACGGUACCAUUGACUUUAAAAGUGAUGAGGUUCUGCAUUCCUUAUCCAAGGGUGAACUGUUCUGCUCUUGUCAUUCACUUGGCAAUCAAAAUUUGCAGUUGUGGAACAUGUUUCUAAAAGUCCACAGGUUUGUUUUCACUUUAAACUUUCUUUAA